AUGCCGGCCAACGGCAAGCUCCCAGGGCGAUUCGAGCUCCCACAGCUCAAGCCCCUGAACUUCUCCCUCACAGAUGGCACCGACAUCCCUCCUCCCCCGGACUCGCCCAUCGAAGAGCAGCCUCAGCAUGUUCCUGUGUCAAAAGAAACUGCCGCCGCCACCACCUUACCAGCGCCGGGGUCCUUAACCUCCAUGACGACGAACGGCCAAUCCUCGCCAGACACGCACAAAGAUAGCGGCGACGGCAUGUACGAUGGACGCAGGCAAACAAACUAUAACAUAGAGACGCCGCCCAUGAGCCCGGCGUCGACGAAGCCGGGCAGCGUCCGCCGCUUCCUGCCACGUAAGGAGCUCAACGCCAAUUACGCUGACGGUAUGGACGACUCGAACGCAUCGCAUGAGGAUCUGGUGAGCAUAAAGCGCCCUGAGAGCGCGAUGAGCUUCGCGAGCCAGCGGCCGAGUCUGGCGAAGAAGAAGAGCGGGAGCUGGUUCAAACGGUUGGGAGGGUCGAGUCGGAGGACGAGUGUGAUCUAUGAAGACAAGAAGACGAGUAUGCAGCGUCAGCCAGCCAUAUACGAAGACGAGAAGACGAUUUUGCAGCCUCAGUCGGCCCCGGUGACGAGAAAGGGACCCCCGCCGCCGAAGCUGCCAGAGUUGAUGACGAGGGAUGAUGGAGGCAGUCUGGGGGAGGACAUGUUCAAGAAUAUCAAGUAG